AGCGUGCCGCCCCGGUUCCCGUUCCCCUACAGGCCGUACCUCAUCCAGGAGCGGUUCAUGGCAGCGCUGUACGGCGCGCUGCAGGCCGGGCAGGUCGGCAUCUUCGAGAGCCCCACGGGCACGGGAAAAUCACUGAGUCUCAUCUGCGGGGCCCUCUCCUGGCUCAGAGACUUUGAGGAGAAGAAGAAGCAGGAGGAGGCACGGCUCCUGGCACUUGAGGACGAGGGACGGGAGGAGAAGCAGCCACUGACUUCUGAUGAGCCAGGACGUUCGACUAGCAAAGACUCAUCUGGGGAACCAGACUGGAUUACGGCGUUUGUGCAGAAGAAAGAAGAACAGGAUAUGGUGAACAGGCUAAAGGAAGAGCAGAUCAGGAGGAAAAAGCGAGAAGAACGUCUUGAGAAAAUUCGCCAUAAUGUGCAGUUAAAAUAUGCAGCAAAGAGGAAGAGAUCUGAGGAGGAUGAGACAAAGCGCCUUCUUCAGCUCAGCAAGGAGGCUCUUUCGGAGGGAGCUGGAGCAGAUGUUCUGGAGCAGCUGGAUCACAAUGAGGAGGAGCUGAUCCUUGCUGAAUAUGAGAGUGACGAGGAAAAGAAGGCGGCAUCUGGGCUGGAUGAAGAUGAUGAUGAUGAUUUGGAAGAAGAGCAUGUGACAAAGAUUUACUACUGCAGCCGCACGCACUCCCAGCUGUCGCAGUUUGUGCAUGAAGUACAAAAAAGUCCUUUUGGCAAAAACACGCGUCUGGUCUCUUUGGGAUCCAGGCAGAACCUGUGUGUGAAUGAGGAGGUGCGCCGCCUGGGGGCUCUCCAGCUCAUCAAUGACCGCUGCAUGGAGAUGCAAAAGAACAAACAUGAAAAGAAGUCUGGUGAAGAGACGGAAGGGAAGAAAAGACGUGUGAGUCGCGCUACGUGCCCUUUUUAUUCCUAUGAACAAAUGCAGUUUCUCCGCGAUGAAGUUCUAGUGGAAGUGAAGGAUAUCGAGCAGCUGGUGGCUUUGGGAAGGGAGACCAAAGCCUGUCCAUACUAUGGGAGUCGAUACGCCAUUCCUGCUGCUCAGCUGGUGGUGCUGCCCUACCAGAUGCUCUUGCACGAGGCUACCAGGAGCGCUGCGGGGAUCAAUCUGAAGGACCAGGUUGUGAUCAUUGACGAGGCCCAUAACCUCAUAGACACCAUCACCUGUAUCCAUAGCGCGGAGGUCAGCGGCUCUCAGCUGUGCUGUGCCCACUCCCAGCUGCUGCAGUACAUGGAGAGAUACAGGAAACGUUUGAAGGCAAAGAACUUGAUGUACAUUAAGCAGAUCCUGUAUUUGCUGGAGCGGUUUGUAGCCAUGCUGGGAGGAAAUGUGAACCAAAAUCCUAGCUGCCAGGCAGUUUCCCAAACAGGGACAGUGCUAAAAUCCAUCAAUGACUUCCUGUUUCAGAGCCAGAUUGAUAAUAUCAACCUCUUCAAGGUUCAGCGUUACUGUGAGAAGAGCCUCAUCAGCAGGAAGCUUUUCGGGUUUGUGGAGCGGUAUGGCAGUCCUGCCACAGCUGUGAAGACGAACAAGGAGAACCAGAGGGUGGCUGGCUUGCAGAACUUCCUUCUGACCCUCCAGCAGGCAUCCGAUAAAGAGGCCCGUACUCUCCAGAGCCCUCCUGUGGAGCCGGAGAACGACCAGCUCCGAACUGCCUCCCCGCUGAUGCAGAUCGAGGGAUUUCUCUCAGCCCUCACGAACGCAAACGAAGAUGGCCGAGUCAUUCUCAACAGGCAAGGCACUGUUGGUCAGAGCAGCCUCAAAUUCCUCUUGCUGAAUCCAGCUGUCCACUUUGCCAAGGUGGUGAAAGAAUGCCGAGCUGUAAUCAUUGCUGGGGGCACCAUGCAGCCGGUGGCUGAUUUCCGAGAGCAGCUGCUGUCCUGCGCCGGCGUGGACCCUGCGCGAGUCGUGGAGUUCUCCUGCGGACACGUGAUCCCUCCCGAAAACAUCUUACCUAUAAUCCUCUGCAGCGGGCCUUCCAACCAGCAGCUGGAGUUCACCUACCAGACCAGAGACCUGCCCCAGAUGAUGGAUGAGACGGGCCGAAUCCUUUGCAACCUGUGCAACGUGGUGCCGGGGGGCGUGGUGUGCUUCUUCCCCUCCUACGACUACGAGAAGCAGGUGCACGCGCACUGGGAGAAGACGGGGCUGCUCACCCGCCUGGCAGCGAAGAAGAAGAUCUUCCAGGAGCCCAAGAAGGCCAACCAGGUGGAGCAGGUGCUGGCGGAAUACGCCAAGUGCAUAAAGCGCUGCAGCCAGUCCGCAGGCCAGAUGACGGGGGCCCUGCUGCUUUCUGUAGUUGGAGGCAAAAUGAGCGAAGGGAUCAACUUCUCUGACGACCUGGGAAGGUGUGUGAUUAUGGUGGGAAUGCCUUACCCCAACAUUAAAUCUCCAGAGCUUCAAGAAAAAAUGACUUGGCUUGACAAAACAAUGCCAAGAGCUGCUGGCCCCGCACCUAGCAGAGUGCUGAUUGAAAACCUGUGCAUGAAGGCAGUAAACCAGUCAAUAGGAAGAGCUAUUCGCCAUCAGCAGGACUUCGCGAGCAUCCUGCUCCUGGACCACAGGUACGCCCGCCCUGCCAUCUUUAACAAGCUGCCACAGUGGAUCAGGGAGAGAACCCAGGUCAAACCUGCCUUUGGAUCAGCUUUUGCAGAGUUAAGAAAGGUCAGCACAUGUAUCUUAUGCGUGGUUGUGGAAACUGCCCCACUGUAUUCAUUUGUACCUUUUGCAAACCCUCAGUUUGGCCGUUUAGAGCGAAGGUCAGGGAUAAACUGUCUGGCUUCGUAUGUUCCUAGUUCCAUCGAGGGAAAUCAGAUGCUUUGUGAUGCAGACAGCGAAUGGGCUGCAGGUCAACUCUGCGAUGCGCGCCUUUUGAAGACCGGAAGCAACGCAGGUUCCUGCUUUUCUGUUUUAAGUAGUUUGUGAAUCUCCUUUGUGGAUGU